GUCCAAGCGAAGGCGACAACAAUACCAACAGCAUGAAUCCGAAGAACGGUAUUUACCUUCUGGAGAAUCUUACAAAGUGACACCAAAACUAGCUCCAGCUUGGAAUAUGAAAACGAUUAUGAAUGAUGCUGGCAAACGAUCAGAAGCAGUCAAAGAGGCGCAAUUAUACAUCAAGCAAAAUAUCACUGGACUUUGUUUUUACAACAACAAUAAUGACGAACGACAACAACCUUGGGAUCAACAAACAGACGAUCUCUUUUUUUCAAGACGACGACGAGGUCUUGUAUCUUGGUGGAUUCCUACCGGGUCACCGAUCUAUUAUGAAUUCGAAGGAUUUUACAAAAAGUUACAGCAAACAAUCCCAUCCAAUCGAUCAUCCACCAAACAACAACAACAAAUGGAUCCUCAACAGCAAAGUGAAGUGAUGCGACAUGCUUUGGUACUAUUCUAUGACUUCCAAGAAAAGAAACAAUCUUCAUUACGGAAAAAACUAGAUCAGAAUAGAGAGGCUUUACCUAUUACACCAUUUGCUAAUGCCAUUGUCCAUACAUUGAAAGAACAUCGAUUACUUUUGAUUGCUGGUGAUACCGGAUGUGGGAAAUCAACUCAAGUACCACAGAUUCUGAUGAAGGCGGGGUUCCAAAAGAUCGCAUGUACCCAACCUCGAAGAAUUGCUUGUUCUUCUCUUGCCAAACGUGUCAGUUAUGAAACUAUGAACGAAUAUGGAUCAGAAAUCGCGUAUCAAGUACGAUUUGAAGGAACAAAGACUCGAAGAACAAGGACAUUAUUCCUCACUGAAGGACUUUUAUUACGACAAUACGCUAUGGAUCAAUCGUUAUCAAUGUACGAUGUGAUUGUAGUAGAUGAAGUUCAUGAACGCCAUAUGAUGGGUGAUUUUUUACUGGCUCUGCUGAAACGACUGAUUCAAGCUCGAAAAGAUCUCUAUGUUGUUCUUAUGAGUGCUACCAUCAAUGCCGACUUGUUUGCCAACUAUUUUGAUGCGCCUACUCUGAAGGUACCUGGUAAAAUGUAUGAUGUUAAGAUUCAUUAUUGGAAUCAUCAUCGGCAUGAAGAUAAAAGAUUGGUUGAUGAUGCCGCUUAUGAAAAACGUCAGUCUUCUAUUAUCAAGGAAUCUAUACCUAGUCGAUCCGAGCGUAUGAAUGCAGCACCUUAUUUGAACAUCAUGGCUCAUAUUGAUGAAACUAUUCCUACGAAUGAACGUGGCGAUCUUCUGAUCUUUUUAUCUGGAAUCAACGAGAUCAUGGCUUUAGAACAAGAACUCAAAAUCUAUGCUGAAAAAACGAGAAAAUGGAUUAUUCUUAUAUUACAUUCAUCUGUCGCUGUUGAUGAUCAAGAAAAGAUCUUUGAUAUACCCCCUCAAGGUAUACGAAAGUGCAUCAUUAGUUCCAAUAUUGCCGAAACAAGUGUCACCAUUGAUGGUAUUCGAUUCAUUGUGGAUUCUGGUAAAGUCAAGGAAUCAAGUCAUGAAGCAACAACAAAUAGAAAGAAAUUAUCGGAAUUCUGGAUUUCUAAAGCAAGUGCAAAACAACGAGCAGGACGGGCUGGAAGAACUGGACCUGGUGAAUGCUAUAGAUUAUACUCUGAAAAUGAAUAUUUACAUCUGAACGACUAUUCUGUACCUGAAAUCCAAAGGGGUGCAUUGGAACCUAUCGUGUUGAAUAUCAAGGCCUUACAAUUGGGUGAUCCGAGAAAUUUUGAUUACUUGGAGGCUCCGUCAGCAAUGGCGAUCGAAGCUUCAGUGACAUGUUUACAAAACUUGGGUGCACUAGAUGAAAUGGAAUCUAUUACAAAUCUAGGAACAGCUCUCUCCAAUCUUCCUGUAGAUGCUGUUAUUGGAAAAAUGAUUUUACUUGGCUAUGUACUUUGUGUGGAAAACCCCAUUUUGACCCUUGUGGCGUGCAUGAGUGUACAAUCUCCUUUUGUUCAUCUUUCUGUCGACAACCCCUCCAAUACACAAGUUUUAAAGAAUCAAAAAUCAUUUGACUCCCGUCACGGAGACCCAUUCACAUUAUUGAACGUGUGGCAAGCUUGGUUGGGAAUCAAAAACGACAGAAAGCGAUCAUCUAGACAAUGGUGUCGACAACAUGGCAUUGAAGAACAACGACUUUAUGAAAUCACCAAGAUUCGUGGACAAUUUGAAAAGAUAUUAAAGGAUUUUCAACCAGAGAAAGAGGAAGACAGUGAUGAUGAUAUGGAAUACAAUAAUGCUGAAACACGACAAUCUCGCUACCUACAGCGUGAUCAAUUGAAACGAGAAAGAUUUGGUCAACGAUCUCAAAAGAAAAGACGGAUCUUAUCCAUGAACCAAGGUUACAAUGGUGACAAUGAUGAUGAUGAUCGUGUGGAUAUUCGUGCUUUGGAAUUCUCUAUGGGCAACAACUUGAAACGACUUGAACGACGAGCAACUUUGAAUAUGUCAGACGAUCACACUAUUCAACUAUUAAAGUUGAUUAUUUGUUCAUCCCUCUAUCCACAAUUUGCAAUAGGCGAUGACCACAAUCCAUAUAGAAAAAGUGAUGAACUUGUAUUUCAUGCACCAGUGGCUGGUUUCUUAUCUCUUCAUCCAACGAGUACUAUGGCACAUCAUCCUGAUUGGAUCCGAGAAUCUAAAGAGAACACCCGGAAAGACGAUCUUGAGGUGGAACAAGGAAUCCAGAAUCAACUUUUGUGUUAUCUCCAAUUGUUAGAAACAAGUAAACCUUAUUUAUUGAGCAUGAUCCGUGUGCCAGGUAUACAAGCUCUUUUGCUUUUCUCAAAACAGUUGGAUACCAAUGAAGACUGUUCUGUGAUCGUAGCCGAUUCAUUUUAUGUGAUUCAGUUCAAGACCAGUGCUGUGGCUCAACAUGUUUUACGAUUGGCUUACAAAUUACGAACAGAAUGGGAAAGAUUAUUUAAUCAAAAAUUAGGUGAAGGUGCGGAUAGGACUAUGGACAAGGAUCAUGUACGUUCAUCCAUCCCAUCUUUGAUCACUCCAUCAGUACGAAAAUUUUUACCAAUUCCCAUACAAGAUAUUUUGGAUGAUCAAGAAUUGGAAACAGAGCAAAUAGAGUUUUGGACACCUGAUGUAGAAGCCGCCUUCCAAUUGAAAGUCCAAUCCCUUUCAGACAAAUUGGUAACUUUUAUGACAACUUCAACUUCUGCAGAACUCACUAUGGGAAAAGCAUCUCAAUUCAUGAAGAUGUUUACUCAUUAUCGUUCUGAAACAGAACAAGGAAUUCCUCGAUCAUGGAAUCCGAAAGAUGUGAUUCGGAAGGGUGUACAGAUUACUCCUCAUUUGUGGUACAAUAGUCUAGAUAUACCAUCAUGCAGCUCGACCCUACCUCUUGAUAUUGACAACAAGAUACCCGAUAGUGUGAAGAUGUAUUGGUACUGCCAACAAUGUGAUAAUACUUUAACCAUUCGAAAAUCUCAACUAUUAGAACAUGUAGCCUCCUGUCAUCCCUAUAUUAGUUAGUUUAUAUCAAAAACCCUUUAUGUACCCUUGUUUUUUCAUUUAUAUCCAAAUAAUAAACCAAUGAUGAUAAUGAUGAUUUUAACAACUGCUCUU